CGCAACCUGGCUCCUGGCGCAGAGGAAGCGGCCUUCAAUCUCUUCCAGCCCGGGCUGCCCGCGCUGCAGCGCGCCGAGGUGCUCUUCACGUCCGGCCGCGGUCACGCCAUCGACUACGUGAGCUCCGCCGUGCGCAUGGAGCACGCCCCGACGCCCGCGCUGCCCGAGGUGUGCUUCGUCGGCCGGAGCAACGUGGGCAAGUCGUCGUUGAUCCGGGCCUUGUUCUCGCUGGCUCCAGAAGUGGAGGUCAGAGUGUCAAAAACUCCAGGCCACACAAAGAAGAUGAAUUUCUUCAACGUAGGGAAGUACUUCACUUUGGUGGAUAUGCCAGGGUAUGGCUACAAUGCCCCAAAAGACUUUGUGGAUAUGGUGGAGGCUUAUCUGCAGGAGCGGCACAACUUGAAGAGGACUUUUCUAUUAGUCGAUGCUGUGGUAGGAAUCCAGAGCACAGAUCUUAUUGCAGUAGAGAUGCUGGAGGAGUUUGGGAUUCCUUAUGUGAUGGUGUUAACAAAAAUUGACCGAGCUUCCAAGGGACUGUUGUUAAAGAAUGUUCUGGGGAUCCAGAAGUUUGUAAAGGAGAAAACUCAGGGAUGCUUUCCUCAGCUAUUCCUAGUCAGUUCUGUGGAGUUUUCAGGAGUCCACUUGCUAAGGUGUUUUGUAGCCCAUGUUACUGGAAACCUGCCUACUGUAGAGGCCAGCUGAAAAGUCUGGCUCCUGAUCUGCUCAGCUCAUCUGGAACAAAAGGUUCAGCACGAUAGUAUGGCUUGCUUGUGUACAUCCAGUUGUCCUUGUUCCUGGUGGAUGCGGAAAAGGAAACCUACUUUAUGGGAUCUGCCUUCUGGUUGGCCGUUGGCUUGAAACAGUGGUGAUAAAUGAACAACAUCUAGUGGAACUCUCUCCUCCUGCACCUUAUCAUCAUUCAGUGCUGCAUCUGUUUUAAACGUUCUGUUUUAAAUCCCACUUGAAGUUCUGCAGCUGCCUGAGUUAUCAGAGAUGGGUCCAUUACCUGCAUCUGUCCUGUGCUGGGAGUUGAAGCACAACACUGAGGUCCCACAGCCGCUGUACCUAAAAGCACAAUGUGGGGGAAACCGGAGCUUGUACAGAAUCUACAAAAAGAACUGCCAUUAAAUAGCAGUAGUUGUACACAGGAAUUUAGACUAAAGCUAGUAAGUGGCUAUGUCUUGUCCUGUCUUAAGACUGCCAAUUCUGCGUAUGCAGUUGUUCAGGUUAACUUACAUUAAGUGUUUAAAUCUCAAGAAAAGGUAAUUCUUUUAUAAACCACUCUGAGGCUUGACGGUGGUAUUUCUGCUGUUUGCUACAUUAAGGAAUUUCUUGUAACUCUCAGAUUAGACUUGAAGCAAAGUUUGUUUCCAGCAGAUGUGUAGGAAGUGGCAAGGUGAGGAAUACAGUAGAGAGAUGUGGAUCUGCAGUUUCUACAUGUAAGCAGAGAUCAAGCCUGUAAUACUCUACUGUUUUGUUUCUAAUCCCAAAAUACUCCAAAGCAAACUGGCCUGUGGGUGUUUGAUUCUAGAAAUAAAUACAGUAGGAUUUAGAGAGAUGGAAUACGUGCAAGUCAACAUUUCAGGAAUAAGUGUGUGUUAGUAUCUUAAAACCAGUGUCUUUCGAAGGCAUCAGUGUAGUCAAAGCUGUAAUCUUCAAGGCCUCAGUUUGUUGUGUGCAAGAAUCGAUGCCUCUGUGACAGGUAUGACAGUAAAUAAAAUCAAGUUAAAUUAAGCAGGACUUAUAUGUUCAAGCAUUUUAGUGCAUGCUUUGGCUAAACAGGUGUGACACACUGGCAAGCAGACUUUCUUGCCAAGUUCUUAGGAGUGUGCUGUGUUGCUGAAAGAAGAAUUGCAUUUUCUGAGGCUGUGGACACAAGUUCUCUCUUUCGUUCACUCGCUGAUUUGUGGUGGGCCUGGCACCAAACUGAAGGAGAUAUCCUGAAACGAUUCCAUGUAACAUCUGUUUUAUUGCCAUCUCAUCAUUUUACAGCCAGCUGUAUCAACACCAAAAGAAGUGUCCUUUCCUUACAUGCGCGAGUGAUUUUUAAUAUUGGGUUUGCUAACUACUAUGUCUCUUACUGAAUUAGCCAAAAUGUUAAGCCUGUAUGCACUGUUCCAUUUUAAUACUAAUUUAACAGUGUUCAAGCAUUUGUUAAAUACUUUAACUACUUCAGAUAUAGCUACUCAAAUCUUACAUAAGCAUAGAAAAAUGUUGUUCUCAGUAAAGUAAUUAUUGAGCAGCCA